AUGUUUUCUAAUCAAGUUCUUGCGAUCUCUCAUUCACAAUCCGAUCAACCCCAUCCACCACAAACAACUGAUGGUCAAUCGAAAACACGUUGUGACUACUGUCGAAGAAAAUGGAAGAAGAUUCUCUUGACGAGCCUAGCAAUAACACUAAUGAUGACCAUAGGUGUUAUCGUCGUAAUAUUUAUGGCAAAGGAAAAUUCAGUUCGACUGGCUGCUACUGCAAGACCGACAACGACAACAACAAUUGUUACGACAACAACAACAAUUAUUAUGACGACAACCACUACAACCAUUUUCAUGAAAGAAUGGACAACGGCAGCAGAACUAAACAUCAAUCGGAAUCGGCAUACUGCAACUGUAUUGCAAAAUGGACAAGUAUUGAUCACCGGUGGAUACAGUCACAAAGGAGUUCUUCGUGAGUGUGAACUAUAUGAUCCAUCAAGAGAUCGAUGGACACUCGUUGCAAACAUGUCUGCCCCAAGGGAUUAUCACACCGCAUCUUUGUUAGCUAAUGAUUUGGUGCUAGUGACUGGUGGUGAAAAUUCUGACGGAGUGGUUUCGAGUGCUGAACUGUACAAUGCAUCAGCGAAUACGUGGACAAACACACAAAGUAUGAUCCAUCAACGGUCUAAACACACAGCCAUUGUACUGCAGAGUGGAAAAGUGCUCGUUGUAGGUGGCUCGAAGAAAGGAGAAGGACGUCUAGAUACUGCUGAACUAUACGAUCCUCAGACAGGUGUUUGGACAGCUACUCAAAACAUGAUUUGCAGUCAUGUAUAUCAUACAGCAUCGUUGCUGACAAAUGGACAGGUACUAAUCACUGGUGAACCGGGUUUUUGCUCUAUAGGUAUGUCCCCACAGACGAGUGAGUUGUAUGAUCCGAUAGCAGGUGCAUGGAUCAAAACAAAUGACACGAACAUUGGUCGCUAUCAUCAUGCAGCAACUGUCCUCCAAAAUGGAAGAGUGCUGGUAACCGGUGGACGUGAUCUAGCCAUAUCGAUGUGGAACUCUACUGAAUUGUUCAACCCAUUGACGAAUCAAUGGACCACAAUACAUAGUAUGAACACCCCACGCUAUGCUCAUUCAGCGACUUUGCUGCCAAAUGGAAAAGUCUUAGUCGUUGGCGGAUUCUCCAGUGCCUCUUUAAACAGUUCUGAACUGUACAAUCCAUCUACCGGCGUUUGGACAGUCACUGGUAACACGAAAAAUGGUCGCUAUUAUCAUACAGCAUCUUUACUAACCAGUGGAAAAGUCUUGGUUGUUGGCGGAACUUUCAGUUCUCGUGGUGGAACUACAGAAAUAUACUAUAGUGAGAUGUAA